AUGCACACAAGACGGGGCCCAAUAUGGGCAAGAAGGGCCCUGCUGCUCUGUGGCGUCUGGGUCUCUGCAUGCCUGCCCCUCCCUGGUGCCUCCCAGGUCCAGAGUCUCCCGAAGGCUACAGAAAAUGGCACCCAAUGUGUUAUUUCUCCAUCCUCGGAGUUUCCUGAAGGAUUUUUCACAAAGCAGGAGAGCAGAGAUGGAGGCAUCAUAAUCUACUUCCUAAUUAUCCUCUACAUGUUCAUGGCUGUGUCCAUUGUCUGUGACCAGUACUUUAUACCCUCCCUGGAAAUCAUCAGUGAAAACCUUGGACUGUCUCAGGAUGUAGCAGGUGCAACUUUCAUGGCAGCUGGAAGCUCAGCUCCAGAAUUAGUCACUGCUUUCCUAGGUGUAUUUGUCACAAAGGGAGAUAUAGGCACUAGCACCAUCCUAGGAUCUGCAAUUUACAAUCUCCUUGGUAUCUGUGCAGCCUGCGGCUUGCUGUCUAAUGUGGUUUCAACACUAUCCUGUUGGCCCCUAUUCAGAGACUGUGCAGCCUAUGCAAUUAGUGUAGCAGCAGUUUUUGGCAUAAUAUUUGACAACCAAGUUUACUGGUAUGAAGGAACUUUACUGCUUCUGAUAUAUGGAUUGUAUAUCUCCGUGCUGUGUUCUGAUGUUAAAAUUAGCCAGUACAUCAUGAAGAAAUGUGGUCCCUGUUGUAGCUGUCUUGCCAAAGCUAUGGAGGAGGGCAGUGAACAACAGGCACUGGUGGGAUGGGAAGAUGAUCACAUGUUCAUUCGUCGGCAGUCAAGAACGGACAGUGGGAUAUUUCAUGAAGAUUCUGAUUACUCCCAGGUUUCUAUAAGCUUACAUGGACUUAAUCAGGUUUCUGAAGAUCCACCAAGUGUUUUCAACAUGCCUGAAGCAGACUUAAAAAGAAUUUUUUGGGUAUUAUCCCUUCCUAUUAUUACACUACUUUUUCUAACAACACCAGAUUGUAGAAGAAAGUUUUGGAAAAAAUACUUUGUGAUAACCUUUUUCAUGUCUGCACUAUGGAUAUCUACAUUCACAUAUAUCCUGGUUUGGAUGGUCACAAUAACUGGGGCAACACUAGCGAUUCCAGACACAGUGAUGGGCCUUACUCUACUAGCAGCAGGAACGAGCAUACCGGACACCAUUGCGAGUGUGUUAGUUGCUCGCAAAGGUAAAGGAGACAUGGCUAUGUCUAACAUCGUGGGAUCCAAUGUGUUUGAUAUGCUGUGCCUAGGUAUUCCCUGGUUUAUUAAAACUGUGUUUACAAACCCAUCAGUUCCAGUAGAGGUGAACAGCAAAGGACUCACUUAUAUAACCAUCUCUCUCAAUAUUUCAAUUAUUUUUCUUUUUCUAGUAGUCCAUUUUAAUGGCUGGAAACUGGACAGAAAGCUGGGAGUAAUCUGCCUAUUAUUAUACUUGGGACUUGCUGUAUUAUCAGUUCUAUAUGAACUUGGAAUCAUUGGAAAUAACAAAAUAAGGGGCUGUGGAGGCUGAUAUAUUAGUGUUUUGUGAAAAUGGAAUGGUAGGAGGGGCAGAGAAGGGAAACAUUUCUUCAUUUAAGUCAAAUAAAAAACAUCCUCAACUUUAGAAUGCAAAACUUAACAUACAGUAAUUAUUUAUCAUCAAAGAAAAACAACUUAAAACCAACCAAAAUCACAUCCUAAUUUGUCUGAACCCUUUUUCAUGGACAAUUAAAUAUUCUAACACAAGUUUUGAAAAAAAAAAUCAUCUGCCAUUUACCUAAAAGGAAGCUGAUAAAAGCUGGGAAAAUGACAACAAACAAAUCCUACUAUGAUGUCAUACUGAAAACAACAAGAAAUAGCUUAUUUCAUUAAAAACAGUACAACCAUUCAUUUAAACUGAAUGAGCAGACUUGCUGUCUUUUAGAAACCCAAACUUGAGAUUAACAAAAAUCACAGUAUAUUUUUAACAUUAUACUGCUGAAAGCUGGUGGGAUAUUCAAAAGUUCAUUAUUACAGCUUUUGUAAGCAUACAAUAUUACU